ACGCGCCUGAUGCACGUCGGGAUAGGUAAAGGUACUGUUUCCCCUCUCUUCAGACUGCCAUGUUGCUUCCUGCUCGACACUGACGUUGGGAUGCAGAUGUACAAGGACAGAAAGUACGAAACUGUAAAUUACGACCCCAAGAUCAAAACGUACGACGGCAAAGUAAAGAAGUACGAGGUGAAGAAUUAUGAUACUAUCAAGCGCUAUAAUACUGUACGGAAGUACGACAAGAUACGUAACUACGACAAGAUAAAACCUUACACGGGAUAUAAGGAAUACGUACCGCCCUGGUCACGUGACCACGAACCGUACGAAAGGAAACCAGCCAAGGAACCUGAACCCAAACAGAAGAAACCCGCCAAGACCACAAAGGAGACACCACCAGUGAAGAAAGAACCGAAGAUGGCCAUGGAUUCCCGGGCGUCCCUGGGUUCAAUACAGCGGUCUCUGCACCUGUUUCGAGAUAGAUUUGAUACAGAUUAACAUGCGUUCCAGUGGAUGGGAAUGCGCAGCUGAGAUAGCCAGUGGCAUAAACAAGGAGUAGUCCUAUCUAUGUGGUGCGAGAUAUCAAGCAUUCCUUCUGCAGCUGCCCUGUGUCCCAGUACGGGGAGAACACCGCUGUCAUGCGACCUUCAACAGACUACUUGAAGAAAUAAAUGUCACUAGGUUGUUUUAAAUGCUCAUUCGGCACACAUAAAAAGUGAUGUGGCCAUUCUUUGCGCGAUUCGCACUGAACGUGUUCUUCAGACACGUCGGGGCGGUGGGGUAGCUAGUGUUUAAAGCGUUCGCUCGUUACGCCGAUGCCCCUGGUUCGAUUCCCCAUAUGGGUACAAUGUGUGAAGCCCAUUUCUGGUGUCCCCGUCUUGAUAUUGCUGGAAUAUUGCUAAAAGCGGCGUAAAGCUAAACUCACUCAUUCACUUUGAUGUCGCUCACGUUGAGUAUAUCUGCUGGUGAUUUAUAUGGAAUCAUAUACGUUUACGUUUAGCAAUUUAUACACAUAUGCUUAGUACUCUUUUAAUAACAUUAAAUAAUUGGAUCGACAAAUUG